UGACUGAAUCCCGGAGUCAUUGGGUUCAUCCCACCCCACCUUCCCGUCUGCGUCUUCAGUUUGAACCAGAUCAGGCUCUCACUGUUUGCUCUCCAUGAAGUUUUUAACUAUCUGAGCCACAGGAAAACCAGGAGUCCAGUCGGAAAAACUACCUCCUGUUAUGUCAGGAACUCCUCACAGUGGCUCUCAGCUCUACAAAUCAAUAAAUCCUCAUCUCAUCAAGUCUGAUCACACAGUUCCACUGACACUAUUGAUCAUAUCAGUAAGACCCAUGUUGGGGAUUAAAUAGUCAAACAUGUCACAGCUGCUUACACCAGCUGUCCUCAGAUUUACUGAUCGACACCUGGAUCAGCAUAGUCCACAGCUGUAAGGAAUUCUGGGACAGAGUCUCUUUUCAUUAAUGAAGGACACUCCGGUGUCUCCUGAAGGAUCAGAGCCACUACUCAGAUCUGUUCAGAUCAUUUCACUCCGUGUUGGAAAGCUGUUGAUGAGAGGUGAACCAUCAUGGCGCUGGUGUCUGAGUUUCUGGGUCAGCUGACGCUGUCGUACGGCGGGGAACCGGAGCCCAAAUACCCCACCGUGGUGCCGGUACGAGACUUCGACCCAGUCAAGGAUGCUGCCAGGAUCGAUACUGCCAUUAAAACUAAAGGAGUAGACGAACAGACCAUCAUCGACAUCCUGACCAGACGGAGCUGUGACCAGCGCAGAGAGAUUGCCUUUGAAUAUGAACGAAUCUCCAAAAAGGAUCUGAGCGCUGCCCUGAAGGGGGCGCUGUCAGGCUCUCUGGAGGCUCUGAUGUUGGGUCUGAUGAAGAACACCACCCAAUACGACGCCUCCGAGCUGAAAGCCUCCAUGAAGGGGCUGGGAACCGACGAGGAGACUCUCAUCGAGUUGGUCUGCUCCAGAAACAACGAAGAGCUGACGGAGAUCAAAAAGGUGUACAAAGACAUGUUUAAGAAGGAGCUGGAGAAAGACAUCGCAGGAGACACGUCAGGAGACUUCGCUAAGCUGCUGCUGGCUCUGGUUCAGACAAAGAGAGACGAACCCUCCAAUGUCGUGGACUAUCAGAAGAUUGAUGACGAUGCCAGAUUGCUGUAUGAAGCUGGGGUUAAGAGGAAGGGAACCGACGUGGUGACCUGGAUCUCCAUCAUGUCCCAGAGGAGUGUCCCCCACCUGCAGAAAGUCUUUGAGAGGUAUAAGAGCUACAGUCCGUAUGACAUAAAGGAGAGCAUCAGAAAGGAGGUAAAGGGAGAUCUGGAGAGGUCCUUCCUCACCCUCGUGGAGUGCUUCGAGAACAAGCAGCUGUACUUCGCCAACAGACUUAAUGAUGCCAUGAAGAGUAAAGGCGCCAAAGAGAAGGUGGUGACCAGGAUCAUGGUGUCUCGCUGUGAAGUGGACCUGAUGAAGAUCAGGACGGAGUUCAAGAGACAGCACAAGAGAUCGCUGUACCAGACCAUCGCUGAACACACUAAAGGAGACUACCAGAAGGCUCUGCUCAGUCUGUGUGGAGGAGACGACUGAAGGCCGUUUCCCAGAAGGCCGCUGGGCUGAAGCAGCCGUCAUCAUGUGACUGAUCAGCUUCACAUGCUGGAAUAAAGACUAAAACCUG